UCUUCCGGACAGGUGUUUUCUCAUGACAGCGACACAGAUACAUUUCUUUGCCUGAUUACAUUAAAGGAAGCAAUCUCUUUGCUAGCUGAGUGGCCGCGCAGUCUCUGUGUCCCGCUACCAUGGCAUCCUCACUGCUGCUUGAUCUGCUGUCCCUGAACAUAACUCAGCUCUGCCAAUGGGCGGCCUGGCUCUGUGCCCUGUUUGCAAUAUUCAAAGCAUGCAAACUGUACCGAACAAGGAGAGAGCUGCUGGCAACAUUUAAAGAUUUCCAGGGUCCUAAGACCCACUGGCUGUUUGGGCAUGCCAACGAGUUCAAAGGAGAUGGGAAAGACUUGGACAUUUUGAAUCGCUAUGCUGAAAAAUACCUGUACGCCUACCCGUUAUGGAUGGGGAAAUUCUUUGCCUCGCUAAUCAUCUGCCACCCUGACUAUGCCAAGGCCAUUCUCACCAGACAGGAUCCAAAGGAUAAUUUUGGGUACUACUUUAUAACUCCGUGGAUUGGGAAGGGUUUGUUGGUUUUGUCUGGACAGAAGUGGUUCCAGCACCGUCGGCUGAUAACCCCUGGAUUUCACUACGAUGUACUGAAGCCGUAUGUGAAGAUAAUGUCAGAUUGUGCCAACGUUAUGCUGGAUAAAUGGGAGAAACUGGUGCCUGAGAAGAAGUCAGUGGAGCUUUUUCACUACGUCAGCUUGAUGACACUGGACACCAUCAUGAAAUGUGCCUUCAGUUACCAUAGUAACUGCCAGAAUAACAGUGACAAUGCCUAUAUUAAAGCGGUAUAUGACAUCAGUUACAUCGUGGAUUACCGCUUUGGAUGCAUUCCGUAUCACAAUGAUCUUAUUUUCUACCUGAGCCCUCAUGGAUUCCGCUUCCGCCGAGCGCUAAAGAUAGCGCAUCAACACACCGCUAAGGUUAUUAGAGAGAGAAUGGAAUCAAUCAAACAGGAAAAAGAACUUGAGAAGAUUAAACAGAAGAGACAUUUAGACUUUCUGGAUAUUCUUCUGUGUGCAAAGGAUGAAAAUGACCAAGGUCUGUCGGACGAGGACCUACAAGCCGAGGUGGACACCUUUAUGUUUGAGGGACAUGAUACAACAGCCAGUGGGAUCUCCUGGAUUUUGUACUGUAUGGCCAAGCACCCUGAACAUCAGCAGAAGUGUCGCGAAGAGAUCAGGGAGAUAUUGGGGGAGCGGAACACUGUGGAAUGGGAUGAUCUGGGUAAAAUGAUCUACACCACUCUAUGUAUUAAGGAGAGUAUGAGGCUUUACCCACCCGUCCCAGGUGUUGCCCGGGAGCUCAGUCAACCAAUUACGUUCUGCGAUGGACGGAGUCUUCCAAAAGGUGCUAAUGUCCUUCUGAGUUUAUAUAACAUCAACAGAUGUUCCAGCAUUUGGGAAGAACCAGAUGUUUUUAACCCCCAGCGCUUUUCUCCUGAAAAUACAUCCACCAGAAGCUCGUAUGCCUUCCUCCCCUUCUCUGCUGGAUCCAGGAACUGUAUUGGACAAAACUUUGCUAUGAACGAGAUGAAAGUGGCCGUAGCACUGACCUUACAGAGAUUUGAACUAAGUCCAGACCCUGAUAAUGAGCCAUUAAUGCUGCCACAACUUGUGUUACGCACUGUGAAUGGAAUUUACCUCCAUCUUAAGAAGGUGGAGAAGGAAGAGAUAAAGGAGCGGAUCUGACGUGUCUCGUCUGCAGAAUUUGCGUUGUGAUGUUCCUGUUUUUCGUGUGAAUAAUAACAUGUUAAUGAAUGUUAGUAAAAUAUAAGAAUGAAUUUCAGAUAUCACUCUUGCUGGCAAACUCUA